AUGGCGGCUUUCAGCGGCCUGUACUGCCCCGUGACACGACAAGAUGCUGUGGACAUCGACGCCAGCAGCGACCGAAGCAGGUCUCGUUCCUACAGCUCGAUGCUGGUGCCACCGCGAGCGUUUGAGUGGCUACAGCUCGGUACCGGUUCGGCAGGGACCUCGAAAGAGAUUUUCAAGCAGCAGCUUCAAGAUCCCUUGGUUGCGACGCGCAAGUGGCUGGCGCAGAAUACUUCGCCGGAUAUCAUUUACUAUGAUAUGCGUGGAGACUUCGUGAAGGAGGACCUCUACGUCUGCGGAUUUGCUUGUAAGUUGUUUUCCCAGGACUCCAACCUGCGCUUUACGCACAGCUCUGUGGAGAGUAUGUUUGAUGAAGCAGGGCCUCACGCCACGAAUGUGGUCCCAUUCCUCGAGUGCUCGAGGUUCUUCAUUUUGGAGAAUGUUGCUGGAUGCCUUCGACAAGCUGCAAACUGCCCGGAGGAUGCCACCUUCAAGGUGACUGUGGUGUCGGAUGAUACGAACGUUUGGGUGAAUAAUGCCUCUCAGAAGCGACACUUUUCCGAAGGUGUUUGUUCUGAGACCAAGCCUGUGAAGGGCAUGAAGCGUGUGCAAUCGUUGCUUGGAUUAUUGCAGCACUUGAUCAUCAGAACCGAUGGGGAGCCAGACGGUGUGGGUACCAUUGCUCAAGUGCAUGCUCCAUGUCAAUUGUUGCCUCGGGCGAAUUCCUUCACCAUACUCGAUCGCCUUCGGCGAUGGAGCCUUUAUGCUUCGAUCGGUUGCGCCGAGCCGUAUGGGGGCCGGGGUUUAUGGGACCUGUUCGCCACUGUUCCUUUGAAGCUCAUUGUCCAUUGUGGAGAUGCUCUUCCCGCGAAUCACGUUGUACAGGCCGCUGAACACAUCGAAUGGCACGAGAAGCGCUUGGCUGGUGAUAGGAAUGCAGCAACUACACUGCAAACAGAGCUGAACUGCUUGCACCAUCAAGCUGCUUUAGCUCUAAAGCCUGGCCUGCUCAGUAUACCGAACCUGUGCUCAGCUAUGGUUCGUAUGACACGAGCUAUGCGCGCGACUAAGUUCCAGAGCUUAUUUCAAGAGGGUCUUGAGAAGAUCGCUCAGAAUAUGGAUAGACGCCUCGUCGGAGUGUUGCCUGCUUCAGUCGCUGCUUUGCAAGACAGCCACCGCUCUUUGCUCGAUAUUCUAGGGCUAGAUUUAAAGUCCGAGGAGAAGGAGCUGAUUCUGACGAUGUUUAAUUCAUCCUGGGAUGAUGAUUUCGCAGAGCGGGGGAAUGGACAAUGGGUACAUUGGUGCUGUGGAUGUUGUCCAAACCGUCUGGCAUGCAUAGACCGGACAAGGGAGGCACUGAGGUUGCUUUUCCAGGCUUUUCCACAGGUUCCGCUACUCUACCGCUGGAAGGGCUGGGGACCGGUUCAGAAUUACGUUACGCGUGGGAUCUUCAUUCAUAACUUCCUGGCUUUUCUGAUCACAGGGUGUUACGGCAAAGCCCUGGACCAGAUUACGGCCAACUUGGACGAGGAUUCUCCAGACCUGUCCCAUGCAGUCAAGCAGGAGGUACGGAUGGGCAAAACGGUUGCCUUUAUCACUGCGGACUCAGUCAAAGCUGAUCUGGGCAAGUCCUUGUUCGUGUCAUGGCCCUUAGCCGAGCUCAUGGACUUUAUAUCUCAGGUUGAGUCAUGUCGUUUGCGGCUAUACUUGAAAUCUCGCUCCUUGGAAUUGGCCUCCAGCACAUGCAAGAUUACGGAGCAGGAGCUGAGAGAGAUGAACUGGUCGUUGUUUAAUGGGCAGAGGGCCGCAGAGACCAUCCGUGAUUACACCACGCUGUUGACUGCUCCCCCUGGCACCGAGCUCUUGGCAGUUUGCCAGGUGACUUUUGCUGACAUACUUCCACAUGUGUUCCCGGCUCUUUGUGAUGCUUGGAGGCGUCUGUGCCUGCCCACAGAAAAGGUCAGAACACAGCUCCUCGGUGUCGGGCUCAUGGACGUAGACACGGCUCAGAAGUGGCUCAGCGACACCUCCAAGCAAGCCUGUGGAAAGGUCAAUGCGGCCAAAGCUGUGAAGAGGCGCAGGGCAGUUUCUGCAAUAAACGUUUUCCAGCAGGAGUGCUUCAAAGGCCAGAGAGUGCGUAUUGGCACACCGGAGUACAAGGCAGUGCAGCAGAGGGUAAAGGACCAGUGGCAAUGCAUGAGUGAAGCAGAUCGCGAGAUAUACGCUCAACGAGCUGCAGAGCAGAACUUGCACAAGGAUGUUUGCGCCAAACGCUCCUUGAGGGAUGUUGUUGCGGCCAAGGCAUCAACAGCUCCUGGAAAAGAUCUUCUGCCCCGUGGCCGCAUUAAGUCUGUCACUAAUUGUUUCUGCAGUGAGAACGGAGAACUGCUUGUGUUUGUGUUGAUACUGACACGGCAUACAAGGUCCAAGUCGCAGCACAAGCGACUGGGACAGCGUCAGCUGGAUCAAUCACUUCAUCAGUUGGCAACCCACACAGCUUGGAAAUCUGGACUUGGCAUCAGCAAUCAUGUGGCCGCCCUGGACCCGAAAUAUGUUCAGGAAAUCGAUUUUGAGGAAGCAGCAGAACGAAUUAAGGAUGCUUUUGAGUAUGAUUCUCAACCGGUGCAGAAUCCAGAGUCCAUGCCGAGAUUGAGCAAGGCCGCCACGGCCAAAGCCAAAGGCAAGUGCAAGCCCGAGGCGUCCGAUGCCCCGAGCUUCCCCCAUGCCCAAGCACAGGAGGCGGAGGCCGCGCAAGAGGCAGCCGCCGGUGCUCUCGACGACGCAGCACCAGACCGUUUUGCAGUUGUUUUGCAGCAGAUGCAUGAUCACAGUCCGUUGGCUCCAGGACAUUUGCAUCCCGACGCGGCCACUGAGGUCGUGUCUGUUGCACAGAGUUUGCGAGGUCAAUUUGUGGAUGAAACUGAAGAUGUGAUAGUGCCCUCCGAGCCUUCGCAAGCAGCUCGGCCUCCUAUGCCACCUGUGCCGCCUAUGCCGCCUAUUCAGCCGCCUCCAUCAUCAUCCCGCUUCAACGAUACUUUGGGUUUGAUCGGCUACACAGCUGCAAAGAGACGUUGUACGUGCGUAACUUGUUCGCAGCCAAUCCACAAGGGCGAUGACAAGUUUGAGUAUUCGCACUCAUUAACGAAGCCUCACAAAUCACUGCAUCCAGAAUGUGUGGGUCAGAUCAUACCGUCAGCUGUGGAGCCGUCCAUUGCAUGGCUCCGGGCAGAGAUUUCCUCCAUGGGAUUGCAGCCAUCUCUGCGAGAUAGAAAACUGAUUUUCCAGGGAGCACUAGAAACGUUGGAGAGAAGCCGUCAGUGGAAUCAGCCGUGA